UUAUUUUCUUUUUUAACAGAUAUAGAAUGCAAAUGAGCUCGAAUAUUUCAAUAGAACGUAAAAAAGUUGACUGCAAUGCCUUGCCAAAAGGCUGGCAGAGAGAAGAGGUGUUGCGAAAGUCUGGAAUCUCGGCAGGAAAAGUUGAUGUCUAUUAUUAUAGUCGUGCUAUGCGUACAGAUGCUUCCCUGGUUCCACCCAUACGUCAAACCGCCUCCAUAUUUAAACAACCCGUCACUGUGGUACGCAAUCAUGAAUGGAACAAAGUCAAACAUGACACCAAACAGGUGGCCCAAGACAAACCGAAACAGCUAUUCUGGGAGAAGCGCUUAGAAAAUAUGCGCGCAUGUCAUGCCACCGGCGAAGAGGUUGAUGAUAUUGUUUUACCAAAGAGUAUUAAACCAUUGGGUCCCAAUGUACACGAACAGACUGUUAUGCAAUCGUUGGCCACAGCAUUGCAUGUUCUGAAUACACCCGUGACGGGACAAACUGCCACUAAGACUGAAUUUCAAAAAAACGCCACAGCAUACAUUAAUCCCGAUCAGCCGUUAAUGCAAGGUGUACUCAUAUCGGAUGAUGAUAUACGACGGCAAGAGGAUCGUGUAAAUAUGGCACGGAGAAAAUUGCAGGAAGCCUUAAAGGCUUGA